AUCCUGUUGCAUUUCCGGAUGCUAAUUCGCCGUGUGUGUGUGUGUGUGUGAGAGAGCUAAUGAUCUUCUGUAAAUGCUAAAAGAUGUAUUGCAGUUGUCCUCACCAUGCCCAAUUAAAUUAGGCAAUUGCUAAUUUUUAUGCAAAAUGGCUAUAACAUCAUCAUAAUGAUCAUUAAACAUCAGGGUUGGAACUUAACGACGGCACCGAUGGCAAUUGCCGUCGUUGAGAGAUAAAUUGCCGUAGGUAGAGAGCUUCACCGACGGAACUUUUGUGCCAUCGGAAAAGCUCAAUAGUGAGUGUGUGCUAGAUGGCGGCGAAUUGUCCGGGACAACUCCUUGUGGCGCCAUGUUGAUCUUCUGCCCUACAGACUGAACCUGCCCAAGAUGUGGAAAGUACUGAGAGCACACUUUUCAGAAUGCCUCCUCACUUUCCGACUGAGAGGCUUCCUCGAUCCAAGUGGUACGAAGUGGAAGAAGCAUUCACUGUCGGAUGCCAUGCUUGGAGAACUUCGCGACAGAUGUCCCCGGAUUAAAUCUCUUCACCUGGAACAGUGUAACACGGACAACUUGACCAGUGACAAACUGCCGAGCAGCCUCACUCAGCUCACUCUGAGAAACUGCUCCUGGCAGCCGCGCUGGCUCAAACCCAGCGACCAGAUCCUCUCAAACCUGAAGCAUCUCGACCUCAGUCAGACCACACGGGUGGACAACUUCGAUGCAGAAGAUAUUUCCACAUUUUCCAGUCUCGAGGAGCUGAAGCUCAAUUCUUGUUACAGAGUGGGAGAAACAGGACUUGAAAAAUUGACCAAACUGUCUCGUUUGAGAGAGUUGGAGAUAUCGGGCACUGGGUGCACCGACAUGGCGUUACAUCACAUCUGUAGACAUCUUGGUGACUUACGACGACUUAAUAUCUCCAAGUGUACCAAGUUCACAGGUUCUAGUAUUCAGAACAUCGGGCUAUCGCUGAAAUGUCUUGAAUAUCUGAAUGUUUCAGAAUGCACACAGCUGAACCUAGCUUGGCUUCAGUGUCUAUCAGGUUGUUCUAAACUGCGCGAGAUCGACGUUUCAGGGGUUAAUCUCACUGAUGAGGAUGAAAAGGCACUUGGUAAAUUCAUUGCAUGUGUUACAAUGGUUAAAAAGAAAUUUGAUGUUCAAAGUAAACACAAAGAUAGUUGAAAAAUAUUCAUCCUGAUACAGGUACCACCAGUGAUAUGAAUAUGUGAUAAACAUAUAGUUGCUAUAUGACCUAUUGGCUUCUGGUAGGUCAUUUGCAAUUUAUUAAUAAUUUUGCAUAAAUACGCCUAAAGACUCCAGAUGACAGAAUAUAAAAAUCCAUGUCCAGAAAUAAUACCAAAUUUGUAUUUCAUAUAGUACAGGAAACCUAUAUUUAUACAUCACUCAAUAUGUCUAAUCAAAUAUGUGUAUUUUUAUAAAUAUAGAAUGUAUUGUUAAGUAGGGUAAGAUUAAAUGUUUUUAAUGUAGUAUUUGUUUUUAAAACAAUUUUUCUUGAAUUAAUACCAAUAUAUUUUGUAUUAUUAUGUAUCAUAAAUGAGGAAAAACAAAUAUUGCAUAGAUGAAUAAUUUUAUUAAUACAAAUAAUAAUUAACUUAAUUUCUUUUAAUAUAUAUAUAUAUAUAUAUACACAUACAAGUAUUAAUAUUCAGAAGAACAAGACUAUUGAGAGUUGGUAAUUAAAAGCAGAGUUACUUAGCAGGUCAUAUCUUUUAAAAUGAACAUGAUCAUGACAAUUAAUUUGAAAUGUUUAUACUGCAGCAUGUACAGGAUAUAUACAUAUAUACAUAUAUAUAUACAUAUAUAUAUAUAUAUACACAUCAUGGCCUAGAUAUAUAUAUAUAUAUAUACACAUAAUGGCCUAGCCAGCAAAAGCAGGCGAGGUGCUUGCCUCGUCUGGAAUUUAUUUUAUUUUUCCCACGACACUGAUAUUUAUUUUACAGGUCUGGGUUUGCCUCGACGUUUUUUCUUCACUGGUUAUGCCCCAGAUGUAUAUUUAUAGAUAUUACUAUUUGUAUCCAAACAUGUAUGUACUCUGUUGGUCCGUUUUGACUACAUGUAUGUAAAUCAAUUUGUAUAUUGAUAUUAUAUUUAAUUUGUAACAUGAAAUGAAUUUAAGUAGAUUUGGUGUUUUUUUUACCCAGAUACUUGUUAGUUGCAUUGUUAUAAAAUUUAUCUGAAAUUUUUGAAUAAACAAAAAUAAACAGAUUCCUCUCUUUCCAUGUAGUUUAAGUGUUCUUCCUUCAUAACAUUAACAAUUCCUAAUCAAGAUUAUACCUUACUUAUUUUUUAAUGUGUCAUUCAGGAAUAUCUCAAGAAUGAAAGCCUAAAAACUAUUAGCAUCAUGAUGACCUAUUAAAAUAUACACAAACAAAUAUGAUUGUUAUUUUUUUUUAAAUACCAGUAUGAAAAUAUAUAAUUUUGUUAAGAAGACAUUGUUACACCUGACAGUAUAGUAAUGAAGUCAAGCUUUAUAUAGUUUCAGACUGAAUAAAAGAAAUAAUGCUAA